AUGACGUCGACCAACUACUCGUCGGGCAACGACCGCUUCAACACCGAGGCGCAGACGUGGGACACGCAGGCGGAAGUCGUCGAGUCGUCGUCGCGCUGUCUGUCCCACCUCGUCUCGUCGCCGCUCCUCCCGCCUUCGCAGCUGAGCCAGCUCGACGCGCUCGAGAUAGGGUGCGGAACGGGUCUCCUCACCCUCCCGCUCUCCGGCCACGUCUCUUCGAUCCUGGCACUCGAUACCUCGCACGGUAUGGUCGAGAUGCUCGACCACAAACUCGAAUCCCGCCGCGCCGACGCCGCGAAGAGCGGUAGGGUGACGGCCAAAGUCAAGCUGCUGGAAGAUGCGACGGAUCCCGUGCUAGAGGGCAAGAGGUUUGGGCUGGUGCUCAGCCACCUCGUCAUGCACCACGUCCCACACAUGCAGCACCUCGUCGACGUCAUGUACGCCUGUACCGCCCACGGCGGCAGGGUGUGGAUCAGCGAUUUCGAGAAUACCGGCAAAGAGGCAGAGGCGUUUCAUCCCGUCGCCAAACACGCCGGCGUGGAGCGACACGGCCUCGAACGGCAGGAGAUGCGCGACAUCCUCGCCAAAGCCGGCUACGCCAACGUCGACGUGUUUGAGAGCUUCAGGCUCGACAAGACCGUCGAGUCCGGACAGACGCAGAGCUUCCCCUUUAUCGUCGCCACGGGCACCAGAGAAUGA